CGUUGGCGCUGGACUGAUCGAGCCUGGGUGGAGGCGCUCGGCGCUCGCCUUGCCGGAAGUGCGGCGGCUGCCAUGCGGGCGGCGCGGCCGUGCGGGGUGUGCCGGGCGCCCGGGGCGGCCAAGUACCGCUGUCCCCGCUGCGCCGCCGCCUACUGUUCCGUGCAGUGCUGUAGGACCCACAAAGAGCUGUGCACGCCGGAGCCACGGAGGGAACCGGAGCGGACGGCUGCAGGACAGGACUUGCUCGGCGAGCCGCACCGCGCCGGGCUGCUCGCAGGCAGCCCCUGGUCGGUGGAGGACAUCCUGACAGAGGACGAUGAGCAGGACCGCGUCCCGCUGCAGAAACUCAAGCUUUUAGGGGAAUCGGAAGAGCUGCAAGGCUUGCUUCUGAAUCCACACCUCAGGCAGCUACUGCUGACACUCGAUCAAGCAGAAGAUAAAAGCUCCCUCAUGAAGAAGUACAUGCAGGAGCCGUUGUUUGUGGAGUUUGCAGACUGCUGUUUGAGAAUUGUUGAACCUCCAGAGAAGGAGAACAUUCUUCCUGAGUGAGCUGAUUUUUCUUUCCUUGAGACUUCUCCCUCCAGCAGAAGAGAUUUGGCACACCCCCUGCUAUUGUCCCGCACCAUUCAUUAUGUUUCCUCAGGAUUUCGAUUGUGGAUGUCAGUGCUCUAGUUCUUAGUUUAGAGCUGAUACACAGUGACAUGGUUGUGUUGGAUACAUUUCUAGAUGCUGGGAAUUAAACUUGUUCUGUGCACUGGC